GUGCGGAAAAAUCAGUAUUUUUUUAAUGGCGUCCAAGAAACGAAAACAAAUCCGUCGCGAUUUCGUGUGAUCGCGUGUGAUUUUCUCAGAAUUUGGCGUGAAAGUUUUGCUUAUCCUGUGUGAAUUUAUUGCGACACGAUUGCUUUUCGAUCAUGGCAUCCAGCCAGCGUGCAUUUGCAUCCAAAUUAACCAAGCACAAUUCGUCCGACAUUCGCAAGAAUGUGGCCAACUACCAGCUGUUGUCGAAAAGUGACAGCAGCUCCGUAUGUUCGUCGUCGAUUUCGUUGUGCGAGCUGGUGGAACCGAUCGAUUAUGAGGAAUUCCUCACCCAGCAUUCCAACAUGUUGAUCAGGGAUCCGCUGAGAGCGAUGUUGGAUUUCCCUAUUAACGAUGUGCAGGUGAAGGUGGUUCCCAGGAAGAUUCGCACGUUGGAGCAUGUUGUGCCAAAGGAGGAUUUGGUAGAGCUGCCGCUCCAUGUGCAGCAUUGUGUGGAUUGCUACACCAGACCGUGGAAAGUGGUGGAGUUUGCCCAGAGGAGUUAUUCAAGCUCGUGCAACAGUAGAGAACGGGUUGAUAAAGGGGCUUUGAGCCCGAGUUCGUAUCAGCAAGAGUUCGAAAUCGAUCGUGAUUUUUUCGGGUGUGCAUCGCUGGACGAAUCGGUGACUUCGACGACGUUGUAUGCAAGCGAGAGCUGUACUCCAAGCAGUCGUCAAUCGAUUGCGAGUUUGUCGUCGGUUUCGACUUGUACGGAUACAUUAACUCCGAGGGGUUCAUGGGCUUCUUUUGAUUUGAGAAGCUCCGUUAAUGAUCCACUAAUUCCAGGAUUGUUGGACAGAGUUGCUCCGGAAACCAUCGAUCAGGGCAAUGAAGCCAAAAGAUUGGAGGAGAGACAACAGGCACUAUUUAGUCUAUAUCCAGAGGCCGAUCCAGAAGAUGUAAUCGAGAAGCGUCUUCCUGCAGAGAUCCCUUUGGAACAUCUGGGUAAUAGGAUCCAUGUUAAAUGUUUACAACUGAAACUAGAGCUUGAAGUAGAACCAAUAUUUGCCUCAAUGGCAAUUUACGAUGCCAAGGAGCGUAAGAAAAUCAGCGAGAAUUUCUACUUUGACAUGAAUUCGGAAUCGUUGAGGAGGAUGUUGGUUUCCCAUGUUCCGUUUGCGGACAUAAGUACGCAAGCAAGGGAAGCUAUUUUCGAUAUUACAAAUCCUAGUAACGAGCUUUACUUAGUAAUUCGCUUAGAAAAGGUGCUUCAAGGAGACAUCAAGGAUUCGGUUGAACCGUACUUAAAGGAAGAUAAGGACAAGUAUCGCGAUAAGGCCAAAUCAAACGCAGCAGACUUUUGUGAUCGUUUAGGAAAAUAUCGAAUGCCUUUCGCUUGGACAGGAAUAUAUUUGACAAAUAUAUUCAAUGGCGACAAUCCCGAACACGAUAAGGAUCGAGAAAGUAUGAGCUCGGCGUCCAGUUCUAAUAGUUUGGAUAGGAAGUCAUCUACCAGCAGUUUUGAUCAAUUUCGUAAACGAGCUACAGAUAUGGGAACUUUGACUCGGAGAGGAUCUUUAGAACGUAAAAUGGAGAAACGAAGAUCUUGGUCUCCGGACGACUUCGCCAAUAGCGUUGAAACGUUCCGACCUAUAUCUAUAACGGUCAAUAGCUUCUUCAAACAGGAAUCUGACAAAAUGAAAGACGAAGAGUUGUACAAAUUUUUACCGGAAUUGAAACGUCCUGGAGCAUUGAUGAAAAAACACAAAUGCAUUCCGGGAUCGAUUAAAAUAGAAAUCUCCCCCAUUCCUGAAGAUCUCAAAUGUGCUCUAACGCCAGAGCUAGCCAAAAUCGACCCCUAUCCAAACGAUCACACGAGACCAACCAAAGAAAUUCUCGAAUUUCCUGCCACUCCAAUUCUCAAUCCCCAUUACAGCUACCGCAACAUCUUGUUUGUUUCACCCAAAGAGCUAAACUUCUCUACCCGUGCGGGAUCCGCUCGAAACAUCGCCGUUCGUGUUCAACUUAUGUCCGGAGAGCGUCAAUUCGAUGCCUUACCCGCAAUAUUUGGUAAAAGCUCAUGCCCGGAAUACACCGCCGAGGCCUAUACGGCCGUCAAUUAUCACAACAAGCAACCAACAUUCUACGACGAAAUCAAACUUGCACUUCCAGCGAAUCUGAAACAGAACCACCACAUCCUCUUCACACUGUUUCAUGUAUCAUGUCAGAAGAAGCCCCAGGAGAUUCAACCCACCAUCGAGAGCCCCGUAGGCUACACUUGGCUUCCAGUGCUAAAGGACGGCCACCUGAACGUCGGAGAAUUCAACCUCCCGGUAAUGGUGGAAGAGCCCCCGGAUAACUAUUCCUUCAUACCGCCGGACGUGCAACUGCCGGGUACUAAAUGGCUCGACAAUCAUCGUCCAGUAUUUUCCGUUACGAUCGAUGCGGUCACCUCGGUGCACGCGCUCGAUGACUAUCUGGACAAGUUCGUGUAUCUGUGCGAGUGUUUGGACCUGCGGAAGGUUCCACCACGGAUCGGCGAAGGCAAUAUGGAGCGGGAGUUCAAGAAGACGCUGCAGGAGCUGCAAAGUGCCGACCAGGAGAAGCUGGUGAAGAACUUGCAGGUCAUCUUGGACAAGCUGAUCGAGCUGCUGGUAACGACGUAUCGGAUUGGAGGAGAAGCGCUCUCGCUCGGGCAAACCAUUUUUGAAACAAUUUGCCAGAUUUCGGAUAAGAUAUUUUUCCUACAACCGGAAGAUCGUUACGGUCGGCAAAACAUCCUCAGCACAUACAUUCAGUUCCAGUGCAAAAUUCCCCAUCCGUUGGAUCCCAAGUGUAAGUUACCUAACGCACGUCAGGGCGCAGCUGGCUCGUCGGAGGAAAUGACCCGUUCGUCUAGCAAUCCGGAUUUACAUCACAGCUGCUCCACGUAUUCGGAAAUGACCAGCUCUAUGAGCGGUAAGCUGGUCGAUCGCACCUCCAGUAUGCGUGGAGAAAUGUCUCCUUCGGCCAGUGGUCCCAAGGACGGGUUGAUUCGAUUGUUACAUGAAGAAAUUGCUAAAAAUUGGGUAGUGGCCAGCGGAGCGGCAGCCGAACUGUCUAUGACCAAUUCGUGGAUGUUGUUUGAACUAACCAUUAAGAGCAUGAUCGAACAUCUAGAGUUGACCAACUCGCUGAAUUCUCCUCGGAAAAGCCGUUUCCCGCAUCAAUUCACGGAUGACAUCUCUACGUUGGUGCACUUGGUGACAACGAAGGUGGUUGGUUACAAUAGCAGUGACCAAAAGUUGGCGCAAUCCAUCAAUUCCAGUUUGGCGUUUUUCAUUUUCGAUCUGUUGAGCAUCAUGGACCGAGGAUUUGUUUUCGGAUUGAUCCGGACAUACUACAAGGUGAUUAUGACCAAGAGCUCACCAACACCUGACAUGGUGCACUAUAAGCUGGAUUUCUUGAGAAUAAUUUGCAGCCACGAACAUUUUGUUGCGUUGAAUUUACCUUUCGGAACUCCUUAUACAGCGCUCUCGGCUCCUUGCAGUCCUACGCCUAGCGUCACUUCUAAUAAUAGUCAGAACUCGUAUGUGAGUGCAAUGGCCGGUAUAGACAAAGCACUCUAUGCCGAACUUAGUGUAGAGUUCCGCCAGCAACACUUUCUUGUUGGUUUAGUCCUCCAGGAGUUGGCAACAGUUUUGGAUAUUUCAAAUCCUCCUCUUCAUGGCAAAGCUAUUCGUUGUUUACGGAAUUUACUUACGUCUCACGAUUUGGAUCUUCGAUACAAUGACGUAGAAGCUCGAGCUCGGGUGGCUGCUCUCUAUAUCCCUCUUUUGGGGAUUGUAAAAGACGCCAUUCCUCAGUUGCAUACCCCAAUUGCCGAAUCUCAUGAUCGCCUAAAUACCAUCGGUUUGCUAGAAGAUUAUCAAGGACCUUCGACGUCGAUAGCUGCCUCCACAAUUAGUCCAGAGGUCGCAUAUGCUAUUUCUGGAAUUCGCAACUACAGUUACGUACCGGAGACUCCCAAAAAUAAAACUCCUCUUAGCAGUGAAAACACCCGUCAUCUGUUGUCCUGCUUCCUUUGGGUGGUCAAAAACCUCGAACAAAGUACGUUGUUCAAAUAUACUCUGGGACUGAGCCCACACCGCGUUCAUCAAAUGCUUCAGGUGUUGAACAUCUGCAUUCCAAAUUUCGAAUAUCGAGGAAGAAAGAAACCAACAUCCAAACGUAACACAUCAAGCUUUCGGAAGACACCGGAUAUGAAGGAGAAACUGGAGGAGUGCAUUCGAGGAACGGGGUCUGCUCGUAACGAUCUUAUCAACAGGCGGAAGGAUCGUUACUCGACGGAGAAGUUCCGCUGGAAAAAAGACCAAAUUCGCACGCAGUUUUACGAUAGCAACAUCAAGAAUGAAGCGGAGAUGGAGAUCACUUACUACAUUGAGGGAUCAUUGGCCACUGAGGUUUGCCUCACUAUUCUGGACACGUUGGAAAUGAUUGUUCAAGUGGCGUCCACAUCGGAAUUGCAUCAUAAUUUGCUUGGCACCGUGCUGAAAGUGCUCCUACAUGCUUUGUCACGCAAUCAGAGUACUCUGGCAUUGCAGAAUCUGUUCGCUUCGCAGCGUUCGCUAAUUUUCAAAUAUCACAAUUUGUUAUUCGACGAAGAAACGGACAGCUGUGCGGAUCUUUGUCUGCUGCUGUUGAAACAUUGCGGCUCUCAGUUGCCCAGCGUACGUUCGCAAGCGGCUGCUUCCCUGUAUUUGCUUAUGAGACAAAACUUUGAGAUUGGGAAUAAUUUCGCUCGCGUCAAGAUGCAAGUCACCAUGUCGCUCAGCUCUCUGGUUGGCACCAGUUCUUCCUUCAGUGAACAAUCCCUGCGCCGGGCAUUAAAGACCAUCCUUGUGUAUGCCGAAUCCGAUACCGAUUUGCAGGAUACGUCCUUCCCGGAACAAGUUCAGGAUCUGCUUUUCAAUCUCCACAUGAUACUGUCGGACACGGUCAAAAUGAAGGAAUACCAGGAAGAUCCGGAGAUGUUGCUCGAUUUGAUGAAUCGUAUUGCCAAGGGGUACCAAAACUCGCCCGAUCUUCGACUGACUUGGCUGGAAAAUAUGGCCAAAAAGCACAUGGAGCGUGCCAAUCACACCGAGUCUGCUAUGUGUUAUGUGCAUAGUGCCGCUCUAGUGGCUGAAUAUUUGAGUAUGUUGGAAUCGCAAACUCAUCUUCCGGUGGGGGCUGUUUCCUUCAAACAUAUCUCUCCGAAUGCACUAAUGGAAUCAGCAGUUUCCGACGACGUUUUGAGUCCGGGCGAAGAUGGAAUAUGCUUGGGGAACCGGUUUACCGAAAGCGGAUUGAAGGCUUUGCUUGAAGAGGCGUCCAAUUCGUUCCAGAUCGCAGGGAUGUACGAGGCGAUGAACGACGUCUAUAAGGUGUUGAUUCCAAUAUGCGAAGCUAAUCGCGACUUCCGUAAAUUAGGGCAGAUUCACGGUAAGCUACAGGAAGCAUUCAAUCGCAUCGCCCAGCUGCAUGGAAAACGCGUAUUUGGAACCUACUUCCGGGUUGGUUUCUACGGAGCGAAAUUUGGAGAUUUGGAUCAGCAAGAAUUUAUCUACAAAGAGCCAACGUUAACCAAAUUGCCGGAGAUAUUCAGUCGUUUGCAGAAUUUCUAUGCUGAUCGUUUUGGACCGGAUGUAGUGCAGAUUAUCAAAGAUUCAAACACAGUCGACACGAGAACGCUGGAUCCAGAGAAAGCUUUUAUUCAGAUCACCUAUGUUGAACCGUACUUUGAGACUUACGAAUUGCGAUACAGAGACACGUACUUUGAAAGGAACUUUAAUAUUAAACGCUUUAUCUUUGCGACACCGUUCACAAAAUCCGGAAAAGCUCACGGUGAGCUACACGAACAAUGUAAGCGCAAAACCAUUUUGACCACCGCCAAUCACUUCCCGUAUGUGAAGACCCGCAUCCAGGUGGUUGGCCGCGAGCAAAUCGUUCUGGAACCGAUCGAGGUUGCUAUUGAGGAUAUUCAGAAAAAGACUGCCGAGUUGGCCGCUGCCACGAAUCAGGAACCGGCGGAUCCGAAGAUCCUGCAAAUGGUUCUGCAGGGUUGCAUCGGGACCACCGUAAACCAAGGCCCAAUGGAAAUGGCUCUGGUGUUCUUGUCGGGCAUCGCCGAUAGCACAACCAUUCCCACAAAGCAUCAGAAUAAGCUUCGGCUAUGCUUCAAAGAUUUCUCCAAAAAAUGUUCAGACGCAUUGAAAAAGAAUCGUAAUUUGAUUCUUUCCGAUCAAAAGGAUUAUCAAAAGGAACUGGAACGCAAUUAUGCUCGCUUCACCGAACGCCUUGCACCGUUAAUAACGAUCAGCCCAUCACAAGCACAAGGGGUGGUCGCUGCCAAUAAUGGACUGCACAAUAGUAAGCUAACACCAUUGAGAUGGUAAGUACUAUGACAUAAAAUAGCGGAGUAUUAAACUCGCCGCUCCGUUUUAAAAAUAUUUCCAUUGAAUGGUUAGCCAAAAAACGGAAUCCUAUUAUGUUCCCAAUAUGAUUUUAUUGUCUAUUUUAAAGAGAUCCUCAUUUUACUCCCAUUCCUAUUAUCAUAGAUGUAUCAAGUCUAGUUUUAUGUUAAUGCAAUAUAUGAAGCCAAAAAUUAUAUCACUUAUUUUGCUUUUACCAGUGCAUAGGUUAUUUAGAUUUAUGGUAAAGUAUUAUGAAACCGUUUUUUAAGUAUAUAACUAUUCUUUUGAAACCCAUAAUAUAAUAUUCAAGAACAGCAAAUCAUUAAUGGAAUUAUCAAAAUCAUACAUAUUACAUACAAACAUUUUACGUACUCGAAUCUAUUAUAAUCAAUUGUCACAUUUAGUAAA